AUGGAAGGUCAUAGUGACAUGAAUGAGAGAAAAGAAAGUUUGAUUAAUGUUGUGAUAGGAGGAUCUGGAGAGGAAGAAAUAGAGAGAAGUUCUAUCGGUGACAACAUAACUGGUGGUGCAUCUGUAGAUGAACAUGGUGAAUCAUCAUCGAAGAGGAAGAAACCCAUUAGGCAUAAUGCCGAUCAGAUUCAAGAGCUUGAACUGUUUUUCAAAAAGAAUUCACUUCCUAACAAAAAAGUACGACUAGAACUUGCAACAAAAUUAUCCAUGGACAUCAACCAGUUGCAAUUGGAUUUGUACGAAAAUAAGACUCUAAAGCAAGAAAAUCACAAGCUUCGCAUAGAGAAUAUUGUAAUGAAGGAAGCCCUAGAAAAUUCAAUUCAUGACAAUUGUAAAGAAAGCAUUGAUGAGAAUCAAAUAAAGAUUGAGCAUGACCAAUUGGAAGAUGAAGUUAAAAGGCUUACCGCCCAAGCGUACAAGUUAAGCUUAUUUAAUAAAGAUGUAGUGCAGGAUAAGAUGGUGUUAUUGAAUCUUGCUAUGGAUGCCUUGAAUGAGCUUUUUAGGCUGUAUGAGAAUGAUAAACCUCUUUGGGUAAGCAGUUUGGAUGGAGGUGGAGAAACGUUAAAUAUUAAAGAAUAUGCUCAAUUGUUUACCCCAUUAAUUGGCACGAAACCUGAGCAUUUCACAACGGAAGCCACAAGGGCAUCGGGUACAGUGGCUGACACCAGUUUGGCAUUGGUGAAUACACUAAUGGAUAAGAGGCAGUGGGUAGAGAUGUUUCCAUGCAUAGUUGGAAAAACAUAUACUACUGAUGUGAUUUCCACUGGCAUGGGUGGAAAUAAGAGCGGUUCUCUGUUAUUGAUUAAAACCGAAUUGCAAAUCAUUUCUGACCUAGUUUUUGUUCGCGAAGUACAAUUUCUUCGCUUUUGUAAGAAACAUGCUGAAGGUGUCUGGGCUAUCGUCGAUGUGUCUGUUGACACAAUUCAAGAAGGUUUAGAAGAGAGCGAAAUUGAAAAUUGUCGAAGGCUCCCAUCUGGCUGUAUUUUACAAGAUAUGCCAAAUGGUUAUUGCCAGGUUACUUGGAUUGAGCACAUGGAAUAUAAUGAAAAUCUUGUCCACAAUUGGUAUCGCCCUUUGAUAAAGAGUGGUCUGGGAUUUGGUGCUCAAAGGUGGAUGGCUACUUUGCAAAGACAAUAUCAGUUCUUGAAAGUGAUGAAGUCAAUUAUUGAUCCCAUAGUUGAUUUAAGUGGUGAGAGAGGUAUAAGGAUGUUGGCUCAACGCAUGACGCAUAAUUUUUGUGCGGGGGUUUGUGCAACCGCUCACUAUUGGGAAAUAAUUCAACUAGCAAAUGAAGAAAAUUCCAAAUUAAUGAUGAGGAAGAAUAUUAAUGACCUUGGUGAAUCGACUGGUGUGGUGUUAAGUGCUACAAAGACAAUCUGGGUACCAGUGAAACACCAGCAUUUGUUCAAAUUCCUCACUAAUAAAAAAAUACGGAGCCUGUGGGAUGUCUUGUCUAAUACUUGUCCCAUGAAACGAAUGAUCAAUAUUUCUAAGGGUCAAACUGUCGACAGUAACAUUUCCCUCUUUUUUCCUCAUGGGGAUGAUUCUGGUGCUAAUCGAGUGAUCUUGCAAGAUACUUGCAUGGAUGCAACUGGAUCUCUUUUGGUUUAUGCUACAAUUGAUUCACAAGAAAUUAAUACCGUGAUGAAAGGGGGGGACUCUUCUUGUGUGACUCUCUUCUCAAAUGGAAUAACAAUAGUCCCGGAUUGUUUUCAAGAUUUUUCUACAACUAAUAACUAUAAUGUUAUUUCUGGGGAGAUGAAUAAUGGGUUCGGUGGUGGAUCGUUGAUGACUAUCAGCUUUCAAAUGGUGGGGAACAUCUUUCCAGCUACAACUCUUUCUAUAGAGUUGGUCAAAGAAGCAAAUACACUCAUUUCACACACAAUUCAUAAGAUCAAGAGUGCUCUUAAAUGCAAGUAA